UUCUGACCUGCCUCCCUCGCUUCCUGACCUCAAAACAUAACAAAUUACCCAGCGGGGAACUAACAGCAGCACCGAUGGCACCCAAGAAAGUGGAAGUCAAGAAGCCGGAGCCCAAGAAGCCGGAGCCCAAGAAGCCAGAGCCUAAGAAGCCGGAACCGAAAAAGGAGGCCGCGCCCGCCCCCAAGGAAGCGCCGCCGGCCGAGCCCGAGCCUCCCAAGGAACCGGCGUUCGACCCCAAGGGCGUGACUCUGGAAUUCACCCCGGACCAGAUCGAGGAUUUCCGGGAGGCGUUCCAGCUGUUCGAUCGAACGCUGACCGGCGAGAUGAAGAUCACGUACGCUCAGUGUGGAGAGGUCAUGAGGGCGCUCGGGCAGAACCCCACCAACGCCGACGUCAUCAAGGUCCUGGGGAGGCCACGACCCGAGGAAAUGAGCACCAAGAUGCUGGACUUUGAGACCUUCCUGCCCAUGCUGCAGCACAUCUCCAAAGCCAAGGACAAGGGCAGCUUCGAGGACUUCGUCGAGGGUCUGCGGGUGUUCGAUAAGGAGGGGAACGGAACCAUCAUGGGGGCGGAACUCAGGCACGUCCUGGCUACUCUUGGGGAGAGGAUGACCGAGGAUGAAGUGGACCGACUCCUGGCGGGGCAGGAAGACGCCAACGGCUGCAUCAAUUAUGCUUCCUUUGUCAAGCACAUUCUGUCCGGUUGAGUUGGACUCCGGAGCUUUCUCGUCUAGAUAGAAAUAAUAUCAAUAAUAAGUGGAC